AUGUUUGCAACGAUCUCGCUCCUCCUCGCCACCCUACCUCUAUCCUUCUGCGAACCCAUAUGCCAAAAGCCGCCUCCGCCCGCCUCCGACAUCCCGAACAUCACCGACUGCCACGAUCUGAUUAACGACAUUUACGCCGCUUCCAAGCUCCAAGGCGAUGAGCCGAUCCUUUGGAGCCAAAGUCCAUCCGCCUUCGUCAGGAACCGCAAGCUACCGUACUCCUUUAAGAGCCCCUUCGCGUCUAGUGAUUGCGAGUUCCUUGUCGAUGCGCUUCAUGAAGGAAGUCAAGAUACGUUCCCAACGAAGCUCAUUGGCGAAGGAGCCGAGCAAGUUGUACAGAAGUGUAUGGAACAAGGUAUUGACGGGGCUGAGACGGUGGGGGCGGUGGCUGUGGGGCCAAAGCGUGUGAUUGCUCUUGUUCUGACAAAGAAGUGGAGUGGAAGUAGUAUGAGCGGAGGGACGUUCGAGCUUAACAUGACUAACGUGACGUUGCUGGGACCGGGGAUCUUCUCGGGGCUGAGCCCAUCUUUGAUCGAAGAUGGGUAA